CACGUUUAUUCGCCGUUUGGAGCGCGCUCGGAGUGGUUGUGUAUCGUGCGGCAUCCGUGAUAUCUCGGUCCGUCCCCAAAAACAGAAAACCGGCGCUGAGAGAGAGCCGUUUGGAGAACGCGAAUUUUACGUUGUUCGUUCGAUGCAUGCAACAUACUUGCGGUUGGAUGAAGUUUGUGAAUUAUUUAUGUUUCUAUUCGUCACGGUUUACAGGACACGCGUUUUGUUGUUGAAGUGCUAGAUCACCAGACCAGUCGGAAAAAAAGAUGUGCCGAAAUUGCAGUUCUUAUGAUGCCACAGCUCUGAAGAAGUGAUGUUCUUUCGGGGUCCUUUGGAGAUCGUAGUCGGCAGUCAGUCAAUCUAUUAGCCAAAUUUCGCUUUGCCGAUUUGGGAUUUUGGGUGCAGGUCUGGCCACGGUUGGUCGGAUUUUUGUUGCGACCUUCGAAUAGUAUACAGUAUCGUGUUUGUGUGUUGGUGUACCUCGGAAAACAAUUGUUUCCAAUGGCGUUAUGAUACACAAUAAUGCGGGUUUGUGCUAGAAGUGAAUGUACCUUGAACCGUGUUUUCCAACGUUCUUCGGAAGACGAGAAGCAAAUCUAACGAUAAUGCCUGGGAAACAUUCUUUCUGUUAAUGUAUUUUAUUACACGCUGUUGAGUGCAAUCCACGAGCGAGUGCUAUCAACCAUGCAGUGCGAGAUUUCGGAAAACUGGAAGUAAAACUAAAGUAAAGCAAAAAGUGUGUACAAUCUAAUCUUGAUUAGAAAAUUGAAAGAAGACUCCAGGCGGUUGCGUUGGUGAAUUAAAACUGAACGGCAGCGCGCCGUCAUGGCUGAGUGAACCGGAUAAAAAAGAAGAGUUUCGAUCGACUAGCGAUAUAAAAAGAAUUGUGCAAAAAAUAAACCAGUGUUCGUUAACACAUACCCGCCGAAAAAUGGCUACCGUUUUCCGCCUGCUCGUGCCAUGUGAGUUUUGCGAUAUGGACUACAGUUCCAGUAGAGCCGGCGUUAACAGCAGCCUCUGCACCGCCCACAAUGGAUUCCACCUCACUGGACAGCAGAAUCAGCUGUAGUCGGGGGUAGCAGUGGCAUCAGCAGCAGCAAGUGACAAUAGAAAGUGAGCGUGUCCGUUUUCGGUAUUACUGCUUAGUGUUGUUGUGUUCAAGUGUGGAGAAGAGAUAACGAUAGCAGGAGCAUCGCACGAAUUUUUUCGUAACCGCCAGAAAAGUGAACCUGAACCAAGGUUACCCCGCUCGGAAUUGCCAAACUUAUCCGCGACCUUCCCUCCGAAAGACGUCCGUCAAGCGCGAGUGUUACUACUUGUCUCAUUAGGACGGAAUUUAGUAGAGGGAGAGAUAGUUUGCGAGCAAAGCAGCUGUGUUUGUUCAGUGCUUCCAGUGAACGCAAACCGAAUGUCGUACUGAGCAGUAGUGAGAAGUGUGAUAGCGAAACAAAGUGCGUUCAGGGGUGCAAGUGCAAGUUCAACUAAAGCGAGGGGAAAACAAAGUUCACAAAUAGUUCACGAUGUCCAAAACAAUCGAAACGCGUCUGCAGAGCAACGAGGUCCGGAUUCCGAAGAAGACGGCGGAGUUCGACGUGUCCUCGACGGCUGCCCCGUGUCAGUACUUCAAGAGUUCCUUCGCGCGCUCGCUGUCGUUCAAUCAGGGCGGCGGAGGAGUUGGCGGUGGUGGUGGCGGCGUUGGCGGUCCAUACGGAUCGGCCGGACAUCAUUUCACGCGUUCGCUUGAUUUCGAGGUCAACGUGGGGCUGUCUCCCAUUGCCGAUCAUACCAGCCCGAACUCGUCGCUAACCACUCCGUCCGCUUCGCCGGUGUUCGAUCAGCAGGUGGAGCAGGAUACACCGACACACGUCAACGGGGGUAUUGCCACCAGCAACGGAGGGAUUGUCAAAACGCUGUGGAACCCUUCCAAGCUGUCGGACUCCAAAUCGGGCUCGCCGACGAGAACUCCGUCAAAGCUAAUGUCCGGACCAUCAGCAGCAGCAGCAGUACCUUCACAAUCGCCAUCCGGCUCCAACUCAUCUUCGUCUAUGCGAAAAAGCGUUGAGGCCAACGAAAUCGAGGUUCUACGACUACGAAAGGAAUGCCAAAGUCUCAUCGAGGAGAAUCGCCGCCUGGUGAAUCUGGCCGCCAAUAGCGGAUACGCUAUCAACGGCGUGAUGAACGGCAGCAGCAGUAUCAGGAGCAACGGCAGCGGGUCUGGAGGACUCGGAUUUGGAAGCAGUUUAAGCGGCAAAAGCAGCAGUUUGACCACUCUGGGCCUCGGGCUGGCUGGUGGAACCACACCGGGACACGUAUACUCGAAUGUGGAAGUGGUGGUCCUCCAGACGCAGGUAGAGACGCUACAAUGGCAACUUAAACAGGUUGAUUCCAGCCGACAGAUGUAUCGCGCGGUCAUGGAGGAGGUGGUACGCUAUCUAGAUCGAUGCCAUCGGAGUCUAGAGGCGCUGCAGCCUGGCAUCAUCGGUCGGUCGAAAAGUGUGCUGCAGGUAUCGAAGAACAACAAUCAGGACUCGGACAGUAGCAGCGCUAGCAGUCCUAGAGCCCGCAGCAGUACCAACUUAAGUGAUGUGCAAAAAUCCUACACCAAAAAGCAGCAAGAAUUACUCAGUCAACAGCAGCAGCAGCAGCAGCAACAACAACAACAGAUACAAAACCAAAAGACUGAACCUAUUGCUGUCCACCUUGUGCACAACGACACCGAUUGUGUUACAGCGUCGCCCGCCAGCUCCUACAGCACGUUUAGGGAUUUCACUUGGCGCCGCUCACCGAAACGCACCCAGACUCUGCCAAUUUCCAGCACUGAAGUUGCCCCGGAGAAGCUGGCCCAUGAAGCGUUCCGUCUGUUGCGGACAGUGCAGAAUCUGCUCAACACCCAGGAGCCCACGUUGUCCCAGUCGUCGAGUGCGCUCGAUAGUCUGCUGCUAGCCUCGACGGCUGCAUCCGCUGCCGGGAGCAAUUCGACACUCACCGGCGUCGGUAGUGGAAAUCCUAGCGCAAGCGCCAUCCAUCAGAAUCACCAUAACCAUCAUCAUCACAAUCAUCUACAGGCGUCGGGCGUCGGAGUUGAGGGAGGAAUGUACGGAGGUGGGGGAGUGAAUACAAGAAGUAAUGGCAUUUUCAGUCGAAAGCUAAACAUGCGAGGAAGUCGUUUGUCUCUGAGGAGCAGUACGGACGAUUCGGUGCAUUCAAAUUCUUCUAACAAAACGGAAACGGAUGAGGACAACACCGAUCGCCCAUCGCCUCCACCCCCUCUUGGGCAUCACACGCUCCACCAUCCACUAGCGCACCAGCAUCAGACUAGUGGCAACAGCAGUAGUAGCAGCAGCAGUAGCAAUUGUAGUCAUCUUAUAAAUCACCGCCACAGUGCAAACAUCGAUAGAAUUAAGGAGAUGAUGAUCGGCAGCUCGGCGGAAGACGAGAGCGGGUUCAGCUCGAUGAAUUCCUUCCAGGAAAUUGGACUACCGUUGAUUAACUCGACAAUGAUAUCAUCAUCCACCGCGUCCUCCACUACUGGCGUCUGCUCGGCAGAAUCCAAUUCCUCGGUUGCAUCCUCUGCGGGCUCCGUUUCAUUUGUGUCCGACGAAUCGUCCGAUUUGCGUGAGAAUACCGUCGUUUCAACCACUAACGCUACAACGAUCGCCAUCAACACUGCUUCCCAAUCGACCAGUGUCGCCAACAGUGGAACCAGCAGCAGCAGUAAGCCACUAUUAGAUAAGCUAGGAAUACCUUCUCCCUCCAAGGCACCAGAAAUACCCACCCGGGUGACACAGUCUUCGUCAUACGAACAUCACAACCACUUUAUCAACCACCGGCGCUGGGACUCGGCUCCGGUAGUGCCGCCAAAGCUCAAAAUCCAUCAUCACAACGGCGAAGCCGAGAGCGGAGUUUCCCCGCGGGUGCUGUGGGUGUAACAAAGAUAGCUAGGCAAACCGAAACGACGUUUCGGUUGCAGUCCCCUCCUCGCCAGCGCCUUGUUUCGAUCCAUUUGCUCUAGACUUAGACUCACCGGAGAUGAAGAUUAUUUCGAGAGAUAGACUUAUUGAGAUGGUAAGGUGGUAAGAGAAAACAGUAUUUUAAGUUGAGCUCGUUCCUUUCUCCUAUCAUGUCGAUAGAAGCCAAACCGAUGAAUGGUUAUUGUUUACAUUUCCGGACUCAUUGUAUUCAUUCUGUACAUUGCCGACAAGAGAAAAACAGUAAAAUAUUGCAUUUAUACAACAUAUUUUAAAAUACUAAUGUCCAUUUUUACUAAAACUCUCAUACAGACCCUCCAUCGUAGGAAGGUAUCCAUAUGGUAUGAAUUUGGCACAAAUCUAAAAAAGCUACGAUGGUAACGAUUUAGUAUACUAAUAUGUCCUGGCUAAAGCAACGUGAAAGCUCACACAAUAAAGCAUGUUUACCAAAGUAAAACCACUAUAACACUGGAUAUCAGAAACGCGGCUCAGCAAAGACACAAACGAUAUCGGUGUAACGACGCUCGUUGUGAUAGAAAACGACGGUUUUUUACCCCCUCUAGCGGAACACAAACGCUUAAAGAUACAAGAGCAAAAUCAAACAUAGACAUACGAUGUUGCAAUAGAAAAUAGAAUUUGCUUUAGUAAUCGAUUUUUAAACAAUGACAUAGCUGUAGCAACCGAUACACUAACGAGCAUUUAUAUUAACCCGUAUAUCUGAACUAUUUCUAAAGAAAAAAAAACUAGUGUAAAUUUUCUACAGUUGUAAGAAAAAAACACCAACAGACUAAUAUACGUUUACUGCAAUUAAUUUAGGCGGAAACUCUAUUAUCGUUAGUUGUUCCGUAGGGAAACUAUUUUUAUACAUGCUUGUGAUAAUUUAUUGAAUCUCUAAUAGUUUCUGUUUUUCCUCUCCUAGAUUAAAACAGCGUAAUUUUAUCUGCUAAUUCAUAACACUUAUCGAACGACGACGAGAGAACAUAAGUUUCUGUGAAAAGCGAUGUUGUACAAAUUUGCGUUUGCCCUAUAAAACAAAACGAGAAUGAGUUUAAAGUAAUGAUACAGAAAACAGAAGGCGAAAACCACUUAACACACAACCAAUUACUAAUCUAUAUAAACUACCAGAGAUCUUAGUAUAUCCUACAUUCGGAGCCUGCACCGAAGCAGAUCGACUUCUCACUAUUAUUAAACGUUUCCUUAACAUUAAAUUAAUCACCUCUCGUAUGGAAUCGAAUUAAAUAACUAUGAAUAGCUACCACAACAUACACAAGCGCCACACACAACAACAUCCACAAAAUACACAAUUGACACAUUUCGCCUUGAAUAGCGCAUUCAAGUUCAGUUUACUCCUACCAAUCCGCUGGAAAUAGUAGUAUUACGAAAAAAGGAAAACAAUAAAAGCAUAAUUUAUGGUUCGAAAUCGAG